CAAACUUUACGUGUAUGCAUGCCAAAAUAAACACAAGCAUGGCUAGUAGGAAACGAGAUGUAAAUCCCAUACUGGCCAUCUCUUUGGCCCUCCUAGCGGCCGACUUCAUCGUCGCCGACGAUACAACGCCGAUACCGGAGGAUAAGGGACAGGUAGAGGCGUGGUUCAAGCAGAAUGUGAAGCCACUUGCCGAGCGCAAGGACACCUUGAACGCCACCCUCGUAGCAGCCGAGAUGAACCCGAAAACCAUCCGGGUCAGGCCCGAUGGGAGCGGCGACUUCUCGACGCUCACCGGCGCGAUCAACAGCAUCCCGAGCGGGAAUAAGCAGCGGGUGAUCAUUGAUCUCGGGUCCGGCGAGUACACGGAGAAGGUGAUGAUUGAGAGGACCAGACCUUUCGUCACGCUCAAGGGGGAUCCGAAUGCUAUGCCCAUCGUUCAAUUCAGCGGCACCGCGCGAGAGUAUGGUACGGUUUAUAGCGCCACGGUACAGGUCGAAGGAGAUUACUUUGUCGCCUCAAAUGUCAUCUUCAAGAACACAGCACCAGCGCCAGACGGUUCGCAGAAGGGAGAACAAGCUCUGGCGUUCAGGAUCGGAGGCAACAUGGCGACAUUCUACAACUGCAGGUUCCAUGGAUUCCAGGACACUCUCUGCGACGACAGAGGGUGGCACUUCUUCAAGAACUGCUACAUCGAAGGCACCGUCGAUUUCAUCUUUGGCAGCGGUACUUCCCUCUACUUGAACACGGAGCUCAAAGUCCUCAAGAAUGGAGGCUUCAUCAGCGCUCAGGCCAGGAAUCAGGACGACACCACGGGCUACUCCUUCGUGCACUGUGACAUCACCGGAAUGGCCCAGGAUUCGUUCUUGGGCCGGGCCUGGUCCAAAAUGCCCAAGGUCGCAUUCCUUUACUGUAACAUUGGCGCGGUCAUCAACCCCCUGGGUUGGUCCGACAACAACAAACCCGACCGAGACACCAGGACAUUGGAGUUUCGAGAGUACAAGAAUACAGGUCCAUCUUCAAAUCUAUCAGAACGAGCUAAAUUCACCAAACCGUUGACCGACGCCGAGGCGCUACAUUACCUUUCUUUGGGAUUUAUCCACGGCUCUUCGUGGUUGCUUCCACCUCCAUAAUCCAAGUGUUCCAAAUAGGUCAUCAAUGCCAUAUAGAUUCGUUUGAACUCAUCAUAUGCAAGGAAAAACUGAGCUGGGAGUCCACACCAGCAACAAGGCAAAGGACCAAGUCUUGUUUUUUUUUUAAAAAAAAAUUUAUGCUUUAUUAUUCAAGGAAUUAUAUUUUGUAUGUGAAUGUUUAAUAAAUUAAUGGUUCAUAUA